AUUCGUAGUAGGCCAAAAGUUUACAAUUUGAACAUAAAUAUUCAUAUGGCAUUUAAUUUCUAAAAAAAAAAAUCUUUUAAAGAAGGGCUGUUAAAUUUUUAGUUUUUCUCUAAUUCAGGGACUUAAAAUAUAUCGUAUUCAUAAUUUAUAAAUAACGACAACGAUGGUGAAAAAUCAUGCAUUAUACUACCGCAUAAUUCCCCGGGAAAUUGGACAAUUUACCCUUACGCCUAAUGGAGUUCAAGAUCCCUAUCCUGGUCUAGCAGGGUGGGAAGGGACCUCUCCGCUGACCAACUGGCUUUGUGCAGAAUUUAGUGGUAACCGGUUUAUUAGUCCCUAUGAUGGUCAUCACCCUGCAGUAAUAAGUCGCAACUGUUCUGGGCAGGGAUCACCACGCUGUAAUGCUGCUCAUCUCACUAGUGGGUAUAAUAGGUUCAAACCCCCGCAAGGGAUGUGUGCGGACUUCUUUUAGAAGAGACAACUAAAGUAUAGUAGUAAAUGUUAUUCAUUAAUUAGUGUUUCAAUAAUUAAAUUGAGGAGUGUGUGACUUCAUAUAAAUAGAUUUAGAUUAAUUGUGGUUUUUCUAAGGA